UGAAGUAAAAGGUUUUAGGUAUAAUAUGGAGAGGGCAAAGGGUAAUGAGGAUGCUGAGAAGAAACCAAAUGAUGAUCAAUUGGCAACAAAACCGAUCGACGAAACUGUAACAAACGAUGGCGGCGGUGCAGCCAAAUCAUCAGUUGAAUCCGCGGAAAAAACCGCACCAACAAAAACUUCUGAAGAAAUACCAACGGCGAUAAAUGCAGCCAAAUCAUCAGUUGAAUCCAAGAAAAAAACCACACCACCAACAACAAAAACACAUGAAAUAAUAUCAUUGGAGAGAAACAAAGGCAAAUCAUCAAUUCAAUCCCCAAAAACCACAACUUCAACCGACACUACUACUGCUUCUGAAGUUGUUAAUUCGAGGACAAAUGGGGCUAGUUCAUUACAAAUAACCACACCAAAAGUGUCAUCAACAAAUGAUGCUGAAGUAGUGAAGAAUCUUAAUAAUAUUGGAGUGAAUUCAUUAUCAACUAAUAGUUAUAAAAAGUCUAAACAAACUGCUACUGCUGAUAAAGUGACCAUGCCAGAAGGAAAAGACUCAUUAACUGUCAAGGGAACUAAAUCUGCUGAUGAUCAUAAUAAUAACUCUGGAAGGAAGAAUGUGAGUAUUGAUGGUAAAAAGAACUCAGUUCCAAACCCGAAAGAUGAAUUCGGUGACAAAAAUGGAGUUUCUGGAGACUCAUCCGAUGGGGUUCGUCCUCCUGUGAAUUCCGGCAACGGCAAGUUACCAGAACAACCCGAUGACAAGAAGGAUCCUCCAAAAAAUGUCUAGCCACUAUCAAUUUGAGGAUGCAGUUGCUACUUAACUUCCACUUCCACAUACAUAUGUGCCCAGCAGCUUCAUAUGUAGUUUGGUUUGUUUUUGUGUUUCAUAUUUGAGAUAAUUAAUUAUCUCUUAAGGUUUGUAAUUGAUCACAUGAACUUUCUUAUUGUGAUCUAUAAUUAUAUGGUUUGCUUUAAUUAAUUAUGUGUGUGCUUGCCUCAAAUAUCUUUGUGGCUACCAACUUUAUAUGGUUUUGCUAUAAAAAUAAAGUGGAAGUAUGGCCUUAUUUAAUAU